AUGAGCCAGAACCGGCCAUCGGCCUUCUCCAGCUUGAGAAUGGGAGAAGUCAUCCGCGAGAAGGUCCAGGACGGCGAAACCGGCGAGUACAAGGAUCUCGCAUACACGCAAUGCAAGAUCGUCGGCAACGGCUCCUUUGGCGUCGUCUUCCAGACCAAGCUCUCGCCGAGCGGAGAGGAUGCAGCCAUCAAGCGCGUGCUCCAGGACAAGCGGUUCAAGAACCGUGAGCUGCAGAUUAUGCGCAUUGUCAGGCACCCCAACAUUGUCGAGCUCAAGGCUUUCUUCUACAACAACGGCGAGCGGAAAGACGAGGUCUACCUGAACCUCGUACUCGAGUUCGUUCCCGAGACCGUUUACCGCGCCUCGCGCUACUUCAACAAAAUGAAGACGGUCAUGCCCAUUCUCGAGGUCAAGCUCUACAUCUAUCAGUUGUUCCGCUCUCUCGCCUACAUCCACUCGCAGGGCAUCUGUCACAGAGACAUCAAGCCCCAGAACUUGCUCUUGGACCCGGCUUCUGGUAUCUUGAAGCUGUGCGAUUUUGGUAGCGCGAAGAUUCUGGUGGAGAAUGAGCCCAACGUGUCGUACAUCUGCUCCAGGUACUACCGCGCGCCUGAGUUGAUCUUUGGAGCGACAAACUACACCACGAAGAUCGACGUCUGGUCGACUGGUUGUGUCAUGGCUGAGCUCAUGCUUGGGCAACCUCUGUUCCCUGGCGAGUCUGGUAUCGACCAGCUUGUUGAGAUCAUCAAGGUUCUCGGCACGCCCACACGAGACCAAAUCCGCACGAUGAACCCCAACUACAUGGAGCACAAGUUCCCCCAGAUCAAGCCGCAUCCCUUCAACAAGGUGUUCCGCAAGGCCGACCCCAACGCUAUCGACUUGAUCUCCAAGCUCCUGGAGUACACACCAACACAGCGACUGUCCGCCAUUGACGCCAUGGUUCACCCUUUCUUCGACGAGCUGAGAGAUCCCAACACACGUCUGCCUGACUCUCGUCACCCCAACGGCGCUGUACGGGAUCUGCCCACCCUCUACGACUUCAAUCACCAUGAACUCUCGAUUGCGCCCCACCUCAACCAGCAGCUUGUCCCUCACCACAUCCGUGCCUCGUUGGCUUCUCGCGGUCUGGACUUUGAGUCGCCCAACUUCAAGCCGUUAACCAAGGACCAGAUGAUGGCGAGACUGGAUUAA